ACUAGGUGCAGGGAUUGCAUGACGGGAGAAAGUGUUAAAGAAAACACGAGUAGAGAGAGAGAACGAGUGAGGGCGAGAAGCGCCACAGUUGACAGUGUUUGUGGUGCUGCAGUCGCUUCACGGCAACAAAACAUAAAUGUUUUCCCAGAACUGAAAUUCCGCUUAUUAUCACCGUCCCAACACGUCACAGCUACCGACGAGGAUUGUACAAGCAUGCCUUCUGCCAGUCCACAAUAUAGUUACCCUGUGUCAGACUACGGAUAUCCCGUACCGCAAAAUGACUGUUUCCAUGACAACGGGUUCCAGAGCGGCUAUGACCCCUUCACGCAACUGACUGCCAUGGCGGCCGAACAAAACUUUACCGGAAGUUACCAUGGCUCCCAGUGUCCUAGUCCCAACUACAGCAUGCAGCAGAGUCACGUGCAGUUCCCCGCCAGUGUGGCCUCGUCGCCGCCACAGUACUUCACGUCCGGCAUGUCCUGCAGAUUCAGCUCCCAGAGCAGCGAGCGGAGGUCAUGUGACAUGGAGUCGAGCAGCGACUCCUGUAGCCGGAACAACUCCUGCAAGAAAUCCUAUCCGUCCCAUACAGAUGAAGUGUUUGAAGAUCAAGACAGCUUCCUGAGUUGGACCCGGAAACACCCUGAACACUGGAACUGCAAGGAGGUCCUGGACUGGCUGUUCUACCUGGGACAGGAGCAGGAUCUCAACAUGAGUCAACUGCGGGCUGAGGCCUUCCAGGACCUGACGGGCUCCCAGCUGUGUAACAUGACGGCUGACGACUUUCUGCGGAUAGACCCAAAGUUCGGAAAGUUGUUCUACGAGAUGCUGCGGAAACUGCUGCUUAAUGGAGUUAUAUUUUCUAAACCAACCGAAGUGGCCUCUCCCGACCUCCAAGACCUACCGUCCUUCACCCCCGGGUCAUGUGACUCCGCAGCGCAGGCCUUCCAGCCAUGCAACUCCCCCGUGUACACAAACCUCGUCCGGAAACAGGAUCAAGACUACACCGACGGUUGCAUCAAGACUGAACGCCAAGAGGCUCUGCCAUGCUCCCUCAUUGACAACAUGGCUCCGUACUUCGACUUCGACCCAGCCGAUGCCCCUCAACUCCAGACAAACACAGCUUCAGAUUCCUACCAUCCAGACUACUUUUACCAUGGGCAAAAUUACACGAAUUCCACAUCUGUCAGAAAUACCUACAGUUUUCCUGGCAACCACUUUCCGCAGCAGUUGCCUAGGCGACGACCCGGAAGACCAAGGGUCAAGAGUAUUCCAGAUGACGGGUCAAGGUCACAAAAAGAUAAAAAAGUGAAGAACCAGCAUCUGUGGGAGUUCAUCUACGAGGCCCUGCUGAACCCCAUGUAUAACCCCCUGUACCUGCGCUGGGAGAACCAGAGAGAGGGGGUCUUCAGAUUCGUCCAGUCGGAGGCCGUGGCUCAGCUGUGGGGGGCGCUCAAGAACAAUGACAACAUGACGUACGAGAAACUCAGCAGAGCUAUGAGGCACUACUACAAACGCGGGAUCCUGGAGCGAGUGGAAGGGAGGCGACUGGUGUACAAGUUCUCGCGGAAAGCCAUGGAGCGCGUCCGAGAAAAGCGGAAUUCUGUUUGAUGACCUCCAGUGAUGUGGAAGUGAUCUGUGCUAACUGCAUCUAGAAAAAAUGGCAGCUGCUACUGUUUUGAAGACAUUGUUCAGAGUUCGCGGUGAUCCCACGGACUUGGUGACCCACACACUGCACAGUGAGGUUCUGUUGGUGUUCUGUUCACCGGGGAAGUACGUGCUAUUAGUUCACUUCUUUUCCCCCUUAAGAUUUAUUUUCAAAACGUGCUAUCUAAAUGUGUCAGCAUGUCGUGGUAAGACAAUAUACAAUCGCAUGACCAUACUGCCCACACGUGCUGGUCAACAUUGAACCUGGAACUGACAAUACGUCAUGCGAUGACUGUCAAUGGAUCUCCCGCUGACCGCUGAUCAUCACGAAGCGCGUACAGACCGACCUUCAUCCAAGUGCUGACAAGAGUGCUAGCAAAGCCCAUGCUAACCACGGAACAUUCACUGGCAGACAAAUCGUCCAACUUGGUCCGCAUGUUGUCAUCCAGGACGUUUGUGCUACCUUGGAUAAUAGACGGCAGUGCCAAUGGUCGUUAAGGCAGGGUGUAGUGACGGGGGACAAUACUGAAAGCAUCUUGUUUUUGUAUUUAAUGAGUGAAUGUUGUACAGAUAUGAUGUGUGAACUAGUCACAGAAUGUAUGCGCAAUGUUCGUGUAGAUAUCUUUGUAACCACACACACCGACACACCCUGAUUCCAACAUUGCUUCGUCGUCAGUACGUCAUGGGCUUGUAUAAUCUGCGUUUCUUCUUCACCCGUGCAUACAUACGUCCACUUUGCAAUGUAGUGGUGACGCGUGUCUAUUGUACCUUAUGUUGGCUCAUUCGGCCGUGUGCAACUCGCGACAGUCAUUUAACCCUAAUACCGGGCAUGAGGUCUACGGGGUCACGGGUGGCCCUGUCGUCUAAGGCGCCGCGAUUCGCUGUGCAGAGUUGCGUUCCUUGGGCACGCCAGAAACCUAUGAUUGUGGGUUUGAAUCCCGGUUCGCCCCAAUU